AUGACACAAACAGAACAGGACGCAACGAAACAGUUUGACUUGAAAUACGGAAGCAGACUCACCAAGACAGGUACGACGAUCGUUGGUGUCAAAUACAAGACAGGAGUAGUACUCUGUGCAGACACUCGUUCAACAAAUGGCCCAAUUGUGGCUGACAAAAAUUGUAGGAAAAUCCACUACAUUUCUGAGAAAAUAAUGUGUUGUGGUGCUGGAACAUCAGCAGAUACGGGUCGUGUUACUAGAAUGGCAUUCAAAGAACUCUCGUUAUUCAAACACAAGUAUUUGAAGCAGCCUUAUGUCACACAUGCAAAAAGAUUAAUAGAAGACUACCUGCUACGAUACGGUGGUCACAUUGUCGCUGCUCUUGUAUUGGGUGGAAUCGAUGAUACAAAUGGUCCAAUGUUGAUUUCCAUUUCACCAGAUGGCAAUUCCAGUGAUUUGGAUUAUGCUACAAUGGGAUCAGGUUCAUUUGCUGCUACAGGAGUACUUGAAUUGAAUUACAAGAAGAAUAUGAGUGUUGAAGAAGCCACUGAAUUGGGCAAAAAUGCCAUUAAAGCAGGAAUCUUGAAUGAUCUCUACUCUGGAUCAAACGUAGACGUCUUCAUCAUUGAUGAAAAGUACACCAAAGAUUACAAGAGCUAUGAAGUAGUUGCAAAGAAACUAAACAACAUGGACAUCACCUACCCAAAAGACUCGAUCAAAAUCACGAAAGAGGAAGUAUUCAAGUACAUUGAAGAGGUUUGA